AUGUCGCCACCAGAAGACCGCGUCAGCGAGCACUCCAUCCCUCUCGAUCCAAGUGCGCGACCCCCUCACCUUAUCUACGUGUUCGAAGAGGCAGUUUCCAAACACGGUACCAGGGAGGCUGUUGUAUCUCUCCACCAAGAAACGCGUCUCUACGCCAAUUCCUUGGGCAUAGCACCUUCCAACGGCCCUGGCCUCCGCUGGACUUACAAUGAUGUUCACCGCGCUGCUCUCCGUUUGGCCUGGUCGUUUGAAUCUCAUGGUGUCCAAAAAGGAGACACGGUGACAACGUUCGUCGCCAAUGGCAUCGAAUGGUGCAUUGUCGUCUGGGCAUGCUGGAAGAUUGGGGCUGUCUUUGCUCCCAUGAGCACACGAAAUCUCGCCAAUCCCACCGAGAUCAGGUACAUGUUUGAGGCCUCAGCGGCGAGUGUCUUCAUCGUGGACAAUGCGGAGACAGCGUCGAAGGUAGACGAGCUCAUCAGUCAGACGAGUCUUAAUGUGAAACUCCGCGUUAUAGCAGAUACUUCUGGAAGGCCAGGAAAUUGGGUGGACUUCUCGUCGCUCCUUGAACUCAAUGGGAUCACUGAAGAAGCGCUCUUAAGCAAGCCAGCCGCGCAGUUGGACGAUGCUGACGGCGCUGUUCUUUUUUUCACGUCCGGGACGACGAGUCUCCCCAAGGGCUGCCCACAUACACACCAAUCCAUUGCAACUGCUUUUAACAGUAGGCGGCCGAUCUGGGAAGCGGAUACAGAAAGUCGUGCAGCGAACUUCCUGCCCAACAAUCAUAUGAUGUGUUUCAUAUUUACAAUCGCUUUUCACCUUCGAGGCGGGCUUGUUGUUUACCCCGCUGGGGUUUUCACUCCUGCUGCAAUGCUCAAUGCCCUGGUUAAUGAGCGAUGCAAUGAGACUGUCAUGGUCCCGACAAUGGUUUAUGCGGUAUCAAAUCUGAUGUCAGAACAGAAAAUACCCAAGUUGAGUCACCUGAAGUACAUCGGUCUGGGUGGCUCAUCUGUCAGCGAGAAGAAUUUAGAGGAUUGUUCAACCCAAUUAGGUUCGGACUACGUAUGCGCGGGCUAUGGGAUGUCUGAGGGCAUGCCAACGAGACCGCUGCUCUUUAAGACUGCAGCAGAAUCAGCGAUCCACGGCAGUCCGUGCUGCGGCGAGGUUGCUCUGGGGUGCAGUGUCAAGAUUUGCAGCCCUGACAGCACGACGCCAGUUCCUAUCAACACCCCGGGCGAGUUACACAUGAGUGGACCAACUGUGAUCUCGGGUUAUCUUGGGGGCCGAAACCAGGAAGACUUCUACGUGAAAGACGGGAAGCAGUGGUUCAAGUCUGGAGAUCAAGCCGUCAUGGAUGAACAAAAUCGGGUCGCUAUUGUAGGGCGAUAUAAGGACAUGAUCAUUCGAGGCGGAGAAAAUAUCUCACCGAAUGCGAUGGAGCGAGUUCUCAACACAAUCGAUGGAAUUGAGGCUUAUGUCGUUGGCACAGAAGAUGAAAUAGCUGGCGAGAAUCUCACCGGUAAAGUUAUUAAGAAUAAACUGGCCCAGCUAGUCAAAGAUUACAGGAUUACAAUCACUACUCCGAAAAUACACACCACUAAGACGGAAACUUUCAACUCUGAAAGUACUUCCCACAUCGUCAUUACCACCUGGGCGAGUCUUCUCGGUAUUCCUUCCGAAGAUCUCGAGCCUGGAGCUCAGGUUUCGUCAUUCGCAGACAGUAUCAACAUGAUGAGGUUCCGUCAGAAGAUCAAACAGGAGACUGGGAAAAUUCUCACAGUUGAACAAGUCUUGGGUUCUACGAUUGCCGAGCAAAUCGCACUUCUUGACGAGCAGUCAGGGCAAUCGAUCGUGGCGCCGACGCGGCUUGCUACAGAACGUCGCCCCGGCGGUCCUGAGGCCACGGACAUGGUUCACUGUCUUGGUGACGAAGAACGCGCGGCCGCAACUCGUAAAGUCGUGGAGGAUGUUCUCGAGUCUCAUGGUCUCAAGUGGGACAACGUCUCCGAAGUGUUUCCCGCUUGGGGAAACGGCCAAGCGAUAUUUACACAGAAGCGGCCUCUCUCUUGGGGCUUCCGCUUCGUGAUUCCCACCAAGAUUAAGGACAGAAAGCUGGUUCGGACGGCACUGGAGGCUGCUCUCGAGAAAAAUCCAAUCCACUGCUCGUUCUUCAUCCGGGAGGACGGAUCGGUGACAAAUAGGAAAUCGCUUGCGUUGCAUGUCAGCCUGAAGCCAAGCAGAGAUAUCUUUGAUCUAGUCAUAUCUUACGCCCCAAAGCCAGUCAGCACAGUCGCAGAACUGUAUCAACAUGUUGAUGACGACCGACUGGAUGCAGACUUCGAGUCUCCUAUGACCCGGGCAGAAAUUGUCCACGUCAAGGAGACGAAUACUGCCUGCAUCAUUAUCAACAUGAACCAUGCAACUCACGAUGCCAUGUCUCUACAGGGCCUCUUCUUUUCGGACCUUGACCUCGCCCUCUCUAAUCCUUUGUCUCUAAAAGAUCAUACGCCCUACAAAAUCUUUGCAGACAUGUACUACUCCUCCGCUACAUCCCGUGUAGGUCAGCAAGGGAUCAACUUCCACGUCACACGCCUGAAAGACAUCACAUCACAUCGAGAGGCAGCGGCAUGGCCGCCUCAAAGAGCCCCUGAAUGGCUCCUCGGUCCACGAAGAGGCUGGGUUGCACCCGCAGACGCCGCGGCAAGGGGCUUCUCUAAUCCGAAUGGCGAUCCCUUGGAGGCCCUCGAGCGACGAAGCGACGGCGGCAAGACUCCAGUCUCCUGGCGGGGCGAGCUUCCCAGCCUCAACGACUUCCGCCGCAGCAUCCCCGGCCUCACUAACCCAGUGAUUGCCAAAGCUGCGCUGGCGCUGCUGAACAUUCACUACACGAAGCAUACGCACGCGCUCUUCAGCAGCCUGGACGCGGGCCGCGCAGCGCUGCCAUUUGUCCCGGACAGCCUUGGAAAAUUUGUCGAUAUCAAUCCCGCAGAUAUGCCUGGUCCGAUGUUCCAGAGAAUCGCCAACCUGAUCCACAUCGACCGGGCUGAGUCGCUGGAGGACUACCUACGCCGGGUUCAGGAGCUCCAGAAUGGCCAAACGAAGCACUGCCAUGCGCCCCUGGAUUUGAUAUGUGAGGCUCUGGAACCCGAUGCCGCGGAGAUGGUACUUGAUACAUGUCGACGCCAAAUAUUCAACUGGGUCCCCGGAUUGGGUGCCAUGGACCGGAACCCGUUCCGGAACCUGGAGCUGCUGGACUCCAAGACACGAGGUGACGUUGGCGUCGUAUUCUUCGCCGGUACAGGUGGCAAGGCAGGACAAGACUUUGUUCUGAGAGUACUUUGGGAUGAUGCGAAUGUUACCAGGGCCGAGGCAGAAGGAUGGCUGGAUGACUACAGGGCUAUGAUCGAAUUGAUCAUUACUAGCGGCAAAGAGCGCCGGGUAGGGGAAUUUGUUGAUGGUGUAAAGAGUCGUCAUCUACCGAAUAGCGGGUGA